AUGGGCUUCGUAGAGGACGAACUGAAGCAUCUGCGCGAUGUAAUCGGCGGCCUCGAAUCGCGCAUCAAGCAGCUCGAACAGCGCGCUACAGGAGCCGCUCCUGUCACUGCAGAGAGUCUCCGGAUGAUCCUGAUCGGGCCCCCGGGAGCUGGCAAGGGAACCCAAGCGCCAAAGAUCAAAGAGCGCUUUUCCUGCUGUCACUUGGCUACUGGCGACAUGCUGCGGUCACAAGUCGCCAAGAAGACUCCUCUCGGAAGAGAGGCCAAGAAAAUCAUGGACCAAGGCGGCCUUGUCAGCGACGACAUUGUCAUUGGCAUGAUCAAGGAAGAGCUGGAGAACAACAAGGAAUGCCAGGGCGGGUUCAUCCUCGACGGCUUUCCUCGGACCGUGCCUCAGGCGGAAGGCCUCGAUGCCAUGCUGAAGGAGCGCAACCAGACCCUCCAGCACGCCGUCGAGCUGCAGAUUGACGACGCUCUGCUUGUGGCCCGCAUCACUGGUCGAUUGAUCCACCCGGCUUCUGGACGCUCCUACCACACGACCUUCAACCCCCCCAAGGAGCCCAUGAAGGACGAUGUGACUGGAGAGCCUCUCAUCCAAAGAAGCGAUGACAACGCCGAGGCCCUUAAGAAGCGUCUCGCGACUUACCACAAGCAGACGGCCCCUGUGGUCGAAUACUACCAAAAGAGCGGCAUCUGGAAGGGCGUGGACGCGAGCCAGCAGCCUGGUGAGGUGUGGAAGAACAUGCUGGAAAUCCUGGAAGGGAAGAAGUCCCAUGGCUCUUCCAUCUUCAGCAGAAUUGCUGGAAAGAGCUAA